AUAAUAUCAGAAAUUAAUGGAUACGGAAGUGUAAUUUCACAACUGAAGGGAGAUCUGUCAGAGAUUGAUUGCCAUAGAUUUAUAUUUCGUUAAAACACCAACGUGCUCAAGAGUCCUUCCAUUCAACCUGCAUCACGACAUCACUACCCUUCUCAAAGGAGAAAGAUGAAGACGGUUGACGUGGCAUUGUUGGUUGCUUUAAUGGUUGUAGUUCAUGUUCCAUUUGGACAUACGUUUCCAUCUACUGUUCCUUCAUUUCUUUGGUCAUCGCAUCAACAUGGAGUUGUCUCAAGUGAAGCUGUCAAUUACAGAACCCUUUCAUUGAAGGAUUUAGUCAAGUCUGUUAUGGCUGAGGGUGGUUGGUCGGACUUGCUGUGCUCAGGAAAAGGUGGACAGCGUCUGGAUCUUGCACUUGUUUUUGUUGGGAAAGAGUUGCAAUCUGUGGAUAUCGCUAGACCCAAAAGUGCCAAUUUGGAGCUUGUGGACUUGCUGAAGGCCUCUGUUGCAAAGUCCAACUUUUCUUUGGCAUUCCCUUACAUUGAUGCAUCAGAGGAGAGUGAAUCAGUGGAAAGCUCCUUGAUUUCAGAAUUUACAAACACGUGUGGGCAUGGUCUUGAGGCCAGCAACAUUGCUUUCUCAGAAUCGUGCUCUAUGGAGGGUGAAAGUUUUGAGAAACUUACUGAUGUCCUCUCAGUUCAGAACUAUCUGCUAUCAACGACUAAACAAUCCAAGGGGCAACCAAAUUUGAUUGUUCUCUGCGACCAAGGUCACCGUACUUUGGAAGGAGCUGAAGAACAAACCUCUGAGGGAGCAGUGUUAUCUCAAUUGCUCAGUUACGUGGAGAAUCUGGGAGCAAAAUACACCGCGCUCUAUGUAUCAGAUCCUUUUAGGUCAAUUCAGUUCCCCUCUCAUAGGGAAGUAGAAAGAUUUCUUGCUGAAGGUACUGGAAAUAAAUCAGUCAAUGGUUGCGAUGGAGUUUGCCAAAUUAAAUCCUCAUUUUUGGAGGGCUUAUUUGUGGCAAUUGUUUUGCUUAUAAUUUUGAUAUCCGGCCUUUGCUGCAUGAGUGGAAUUGAUACUCCGACAAGGUUUGAGGCCCCUGCAGAUUCGUAAUCGUUAGAGCUUCUGCAAGAUAAAUUCAUAUUCUGGGGUGCUCUGAUUGUAGUAAUGUGAAUGUAUCUGUAUUGCUAUGCAUAACCCUGUAAUUUUUGUUUAUUUGUCAAACAACUCUCGCUUGUAUGGGCAGUAUAGAGAGUGUGACAUUCAAUAAGUUAUGGCCAUUCUUGAUU